UUAGUUUUGACUCUCCUUGGGUUUUGACUACUUUUGAGUUUUGACCACGUUUUGACUUUUGACCAAUUACCAAUUCCAUUCAAUUUUGAGCUUUGACCAAGUUCGUUUUUAGCAUAGAAUAGAAUAGAAUCAAAUUGAAUAGAAUAAUAAAAAUAUUUGAUCUACAUUAUCAUCAACCUGUUGCCUGUAGGCUUUUGAAGUUUUGAAAUGAAAAUAAAUUAAAGUAGGUAGGUAAUGAUUAUUUUAUCAUCAUCACCAAGAUAUCAAUCAACAAACAUCAGAGAACGAAAGAGAUAAGAAUGGCGAAUUACGCUGGUGGGCUCCGAUUGGAAAACUAUUCGGAUUUUAAUCUGUGAUCAUUCUGUGAUUCAAGCAGCUCACUCUCAUGAACCAUUUGGUGGUACCUAUUUUCAGUUUAAAUUUUUAUUUGAGAUAAAAUCAAAUGGAUACAGAAGUUAAUGAAGUUAAUAGUCAGGCAAUACCCCUUGCUGUAAGUUUGGGAGUAGUGAUAGUGUCCAUAGUACUUUAUAGGUUGUAUGCUUCAAAAUCAUCACAUAGCUCUGCAUCCUCCAGCAGUAUUUCUAAUAAAGGAAAGAGCAAGAAAAUUCUACUCGUAGAUCCCCAAGCAAAAUACAAGUUGCCUUUGAUUGAAAAAACUAUCAUUAGUCAUGACACAAGAAACUACAGAUUUGCCCUACCAGAAAAGGAUAUGGCACUUGGUCUCCCUAUUGGACAGCACAUUCAGUUGUCAGCUAGACUUGGUGAAGAUUUAGUUAUAAGGUCUUACACUCCUGUGUCAUCUGACGAUGAUAAAGGUUACAUUGACUUGGUUAUCAAGGUUUACUUCAGAAACGUACACCCCAAAUUUCCUGACGGUGGUAAGAUGACCCAGCAUAUAGAGUCUCUGAAAAUAGGAGAUACAAUUGAGGUUCGUGGCCCAUCGGGUCGAAUUCAGUAUGAAGGACAUGGUAAAUUUGCCAUCAAAAAACUUAGAAAAGACCCUCCUGUUAUCAUCACCGCCAAACGGAUUGGGCUCAUAGCAGGUGGUGUGGGAAUAACUCCUAUUCUGCAGCUUGUUAGGCACAUAACUAAAGACCCUACCGAUGAAACAGAAUGUGCACUCGUGUUCGCAAAUCAAACUGAACAAGAUAUUUUGGUGAGGAAAGAGUUGGAAGAGGUAGCAGAGAAAUAUCCACACAGAUUCAAGUUGUGGUAUACACUGGACAAGGCAGAAGAAGGUUGGAAAUACAGUACAGGCUUCAUUAAUGAACAAAUGUUGAAAGACCACCUAUUUCCACCUUCAAAUGAAACCUUGAUCCUCAUGUGUGGUCCUCCGCCAAUGAUAAAUUUUGCAUGUUUGCCAAAUUUGGAGAAAAUAGGACACAACAAGGAUCUUUGCAUUGCUUAUUAAAUUCGAAUUGUCAGUUGAAUCAAGUUUUAUUAAAAAUGUUAUACAAUAAUAAUUGUUGACUUUUAUAACAUCCUAAAAUUAUUGCAGUACUGGAAUAUACAGCUACGAUAUUCAAGGUUUUCACAAAGAUCUUAUCUGGAAUGUUGAAGUAUUUACUCAAUUAUUGAUUUCACCUUCAAGUGUUUUUUUCUCAUCAUUGUAUCAUUCCGUCCUCUUCCUUCAAAAUGAGAUAAUAAAUUGUGAACUCAUUGUGCACCAAGUAGAUAAUAAAUUGUUUAGUCAUUGUGCA